GUGUUUGAGUCGAUUCAAAAAUUGAAAUAUUUCUUUUCGGUGUGCUUAGCAAGUAUUUUACUUUUACUUCGCCACAUUCUAUCUCCUAGCCCUUUUAGUAAAAUUUUCUCCGUGUAGAAGUCGUUAUUGAAAAGUCGUUAUCGUAUUCAAAGUACCUUGUAAGCUGGUGUUGGGGCAAUGUCCAAUUCAGCUGGUGUUAAAAAACCUUCGAAAGCAAAUUAUAAAUUGAAAUAUAAGCUCCUUAAACGCUGCGUCAAAGAAAUUGUGCUGGAAAAUGCUGCUUUGUGUGACAGAGCCUCAGAAAUUCAACAUCAGAUCCUAGUGGCUCAGGAGGAGAGAAAGUUUCUUUGGAAAAAGUACACAGCAACUCAGGGAAACAACUUCAACAUUGAAGACAUGAUAAUGAACUCUGGAGCACCAAGUCAACCAGUUACUGAACAAAAGAAAACACGAAGAACUCCAACACAGAAAACUAGUAGUUCUUCAAAACCACGUCAAAGUCUUUCUUCAAGGCAAAAACAAAAGAGAAAAUUGGAUGAGACUCUGAGUAAUGAUACAGCUACACUGGCAAAUGGCUGAAUUGCAACCAUAACAUUAAAUUGAAAUUUUCUGUGUCAAACAUUUAAUAAACAUAAAAUGUUAACAAAAGAA